CAUUGAACCAACGAAAUUGGCCAUUUUCACCGUGAACGUGUGCACAGUUAAGUUUGUUACUGAAUGAAGUGAAGAACAAAAAUGGCGGAAUACAAUGGAAACAAUCAAGAAGGCCCGGACGCGCCAGACGGCGAAAUCACCACAGAGCAGACAGAAAAACUGAUACAGUUCCAGGAUCUAACAGGCAAUGAGAACACCGAUGAAUGCCGGUCUAUUUUACAGAGACAUAAUUGGAACAUUGAGACUGCUGUACAAGACACACUAAAUGUUAAUGAAGGCAGACCAACUGUGUUUGACACCCCAAGAAGUAGAAUUGAAACCCCUCCUCCAGAAGUCAACACUUACUCCAGUGACCAAAGGAUUUACACAGUACAGCGAGCCCAGCCGCGCCCGUCGCUUCUUCAGUGGGGCUACAUGGCCAUACUCUUCCCAUUUCGCUUUGUAACCUUCACCCUGUGGGACAUCGUGCAGUGGGUGCUGCGAUUCUUCCGGCCCGACCCUAGACGGACAGUCACAGACCCUGUUGGUGAUGUCGUGUCAUUUAUUGGCAGAUUUAAUGAGCAGUAUGGACGUGACCAUCCAACUUUUUACCAAGGAACCUAUAGUCAGGCUUUGACUGAUGCUAAACGAGAGUUGAAAUUCCUCCUGGUGUAUUUACAUGGAGAUGAUCAUGAAGAUACACCUGUGUUCUGUAGAGAGACCUUAUGCAAUAAUGAAGUGACAGAGUUUAUCAACACUAGAAUGCUGUUCUGGGCUGCCUCUAUCAACACCCCUGAGGGUUACAGAGUGUCUUUGGCUCUGCGGGAACCCACCUACCCUUUCCUCGCUCUGAUUGUACUGAGGGAGAACAAAAUGACCGUCGUGCAGAGAAUAGCUGGUGCGAUCCAGCCUCAGGACUUGAUAGACCGACUGAAUCGCGUCAUGGCCGAUACGGAGGCCUACCUGGUCAGCAUGAGGCAUGAACGACAGCAGCGGGUUCAAGCCAACACUCUGCGACAGCAGCAAGACGAAGCGUAUCACGAGUCGCUCAGACAGGACAGAGAGAAGGAACGACGCCGGCAGGAAGAGAAGGACCGGAAGCAGAGGGAGUUGGAGGAGGAAUUGGAAAAACAAAUCCAAGAGCAGAGAAGAAUUCAGGAGAGGGAGGAGUUGAAGCUUGCCAAAGCAGCCAGUCUUCCGGCCGAACCAGACCCUACCAACCCGGAUGCUAUCCGUGUAGUGGUUAAGCUUCCCUGCGGCACCAGACUAGAGCGAUGUUUUCUCAAGACGGACCCUCUGCAGGUUGUGUAUGAUUUUGUGUUCAUACAAGACGACGCACCCAGUGAAUUCAGGCUACACACCAACUACCCACGUCGUUUAUUACCGUGCCAGGCUGUACCAGAACCCGAUGAUGACACCACAAUACAGGGCUUUGGACUAGCCCAGAAGGAGAUGAUUUAUGUUCAAGAUACCAGCGAUUAGGACUGUUGACAUGUCAGCCAUUAAAAUGAACUGGGUCUACAGUCCCGAUAUAAGGCAUUGCUAAGAUAUUAAGUAAUUGUACAUUGACGGCUUGAAUGUUGGAUUGAUCGAGCACAUUUGCAUGUGACAGUACCUAGGAUGUCGAUGUGCAUGAAUAUUUUCUGGUGGCAGUGAACAGUAGCAUUGGCCGUGUAGGCGGAUCUGACCAGUAUCCUACCAGACAUGGAAACUUGUUGGAACCUUAAAUGUGGUAUGUCAAUGCGCACGUGUAGCAUUCGCCCAUCAUCCGAUUCCGUGGUAACUCCUGGUCAUCCGAGCUGAAUUCCUCGUAUUAGAAUUUGUAAAUUGGGCAAAAGGUGUGCCCAUAAAUGUGUGCAUACUACACUGUACACUCAACAUAAUCCAUCAAUAUAAAAAACAUCGGCUUAUGUUCACAUUUAUUGUCUGUUUAAAAACGGUACACGGUUUGAAUUUUCUAUGCACUGAAACCCCACUGAUUCUAAAGCAAUCAUAGCUUGGUUCUCAGAUGCCCACCUGAAGUGAGAAUCUUUUCCUUUUUUUAAAAUUUUUAUUCCUUGUUUUGCUCCAGAGGCAGAUCCAUUUCCCUGUUGUGUGGCAGUGAACAGAAUUGAGAUAAUCAGUGAAAUGUGAAAUCACACUGGCCAGUCUGUUGUUCAAAGUCACUAAACUUUCAAGUCAAAUGCUGUUUUUAAUGUUUAAAUACAUGAAGUGAAUAUUGUCUUAAAUUGGCUAAUCCUUUGUACAGUGAAUUAUGGUCACUGUCAGUUUUGUCCAUUUGAAGGUACAUGUAUGAAAACUGUUAGGGUUGGUCCUUCGUUGCCAUAAAUUACAAAGUCCAAUCGUAAGAGCAAGGCAGAACGGUAACACUCUGCAAAUGGAAAUAUUCUAUUAUCAUUUGCAUCGUUUGCUUGGGUAGUUUUUUGUCAAGUUUUCAUAAAAUUUGUGAACUCAUGUUCAUUGGUCCAUUUUCGAUGCACUGUAAACGAAAUUUACCUGAAAUUAGUACUGAAGACGGAAAUGAACGUGAUACCAUUUCCUGUAGACAUUGACAUGCUGGUUGCGUGAUGUUCAUAUGUGAUGACUCUUGUCUUGUGGGAAGUUUCCACUUUCCUACAACACAAACUGAGGAACACGACACCGAAGAAAUAAGCAUUUUCUUGCUAUUUUGGAAAUGCGGAAAAUUGUUUGUAUACUACGGAGGGUUUGGAUUCAGAUUUAUAGGUCUUGGUGAAUUGGAAAGGUAGCAUUUUAGUAAUUCAACUUUUAAAGGCAGCCGGCCGAAUUUUCUCCUACGAUUUUAAGGACUAUUUAUUUCAGCUACAGAGAUGCACUGUUUGUGACAGGUACAGCCUCCCAAACACCAGAAUAUUUUUUUCUUGUUCUUAAUUGGCUACAAAACAUGUUGCGCAUCUGACGAAGUCAUCUGUCUCACAGACCAAGCCAACGGAUCAUUGUUCCGACUUCAAGUAGCAUGCUGAUGCUACAUUGUAAACUGCAAGAGCUAAUUACAUUGUAAUACCGACCCGGUUGUGUAACAAUGUACAUCAGCAGCGGUUACUGUUCCGAUGAGUGAAUGAGUUUUAAACGGUGGGAAACACUUCAGAACACAUAGACUUCAUGAAACCAAUUGUAUUUGUAAAUGUGGUAUGCAACGAAUUUUGACAAGCCAGAGUUGCCGAAAGGGAUGUUGCGUUUAGCAGCCCUGUACCAACCUGUAAAGGUGUUACCCGCAAGUGGAAUGCCUUUGAAUGUACGUAACCAAGAAUUUUAUCAUAUUAUUGUAUUGUAAGUCAAGAAAGCAUUUAUACGUACACGUAAUUGCUGUAAUUCCCAUCUUCCUGUGAAAAGCCGACUUCAUGUGUUGGUUGGGAAUUGAACAUUUGAUGCAAAAUCGAGACGUCUGGAGAAAUGUGUAAUUCUAUCUGAAUGUAUCUACUGACCAAUCUGAUUAUAGACGCCAUAGCUGCGGUGGCACCGCACAAAUGGCGUCAAUUUGUGCCGGAAAUUGUGGGAACGGGGAAUUCGGCCGUGGAAAUUUGAAACGCAGGGGAGGGGGUGCUGACACGAUAUGAUACUAUUUAGAGUUCAUGAUACAGAUGUACAUAUUAUGGACUACAUUCCUUGUAGAAUCGGCACAUUCGUGGCCUUUUAAAUUCUACUCCCUUUUUGAGUGCUGUUGAAAUAUUUUGGUUGUUUUGAAGUCCCAAAAUUCUUCACUACGACUUGAUUUUUUCUCGGUGCGAAAAGAUGGGGGCUGCCAUUAGCCUCCCCCCCGGUCAAGAUGGAGGGGUGGGCAAUUAUACCCCAUCCGCCUGGAUAUAUGACCAUGUGCCGCACUCACACGUGCGGUCUUCAGCUUGACGUGCGUGUGCAUUCAGCAAAUCACGACACCCUAUUGGUCGAAGAGGCAUGUAACGCGCGCCUGCCACUUGUCCACGAACGUUGUGCCACCGCAGUAAUGGCUUCUAAUUCUGUUGGUCAAAUUACACUGUUUCAAGAAAAAUCCUAACCGUGCCAAAUCCAACAAGAUCCUAUGCGAUUUACACUGAACUGGGGGGGGGGUAGGCCUACGGUAAAUUUGGAAGUAGUUCUUUUUGCAAAUCACCACUUUACUGGGGGUAAAUUAAAGCCUAAGACUAGGUAUCAUGAUGUGAUAAGUUUGAUUUUGUCCGAAUGUGUAUACCAGGCAAGAUAUGGGACGGAGGGGUACCCCCCUUACCUGUCCAAUCCCUAUACACACUCUAGACU